AUGAGCUCUUACUUUGUAAACUCGUUCUCAGGGCGCUACCCAAAUGGCUCCGACUAUCAGCUGCUAAAUUAUGGGACUAACGGCGCAGUGAGCGGCUCCUUCAGAGACCCUGGCACCAUGCACUCCGGGUCUUUCGGCUACAACUACAAUGGCAUGGACCUAACCGUCAACCGAGCCGGCGGCGGCGGCGGCGGAGGUGGAGGCGGACACUUCGGGGCCGUGCAGCGAGAGGACGCGCGGGGGUUCGCCCCGGACCCGGCGCGCUACAGACAGACGCCCAACUGCUCGCUCGCCUCCCCGGAAGCGGUGCCGCCGUCGUGCGCCACUGCCGGCCGGGACCAAUUGGAUGUGAAGAGCCCUUCGCCGCCGUGUGACCGGAGCACGACCUCGGCGGUCAACAAAAGCAACAACAGCGGCGGAGGAGGUGGUGGAGGAGGCUUCACGGAGAUCGACGACCCCGCCGCCUCCGCCGCUUCCGAGACCGAGGACGGGGCUCGCGGCUCCGGCUCGGGCUCUGCCGGCGCACAGCGGGCGCAGCAGCAGCAGCACCAGGAGCCCGGCCUCGCCACUUCGUCCACUCCCACCGAGUGCCACACGCCGCAGAUCUUCCCGUGGAUGAGGAAGCUGCACAUCAGCCACGACAUGACCGGACCGGACGGGAAGCGGGCCCGGACCGCCUACACUCGCUACCAGACGCUGGAGCUGGAGAAGGAGUUCCACUUCAACCGCUACCUGACCCGGCGGAGGAGGAUAGAGAUCGCCCACGCCCUGUGUCUUUCCGAGAGACAGAUCAAAAUCUGGUUUCAGAACCGCAGGAUGAAGUGGAAGAAGGACAAUAAGCUGAAGAGCAUGAGCCUGGUGACGGGCGCCAGCGCCUUCCACAACUGA